ACACAGAAACCCAUAAUAGAAUCACUUAAAAAUAUUUAUUUAAAAGACAGCAAUAAGUCUGGUCAUGACAGUAGAGGUCAACCUACGCGUCAUACGCUUCAGGUAUAUGAAUCAGUUUCAGAAACACAGAGAUCUGUCAUAGAAUCGCUUAAAAAUGUUUAUUUAAAAGAAAGCAAUAAGGCUGAAAGAAGAGGUGAACCUACGCGUCAUACACUUGAGGUGUAUGAAUCAGUUUCAGAAACACAGAGAUCUAUAAUAGAAUCACUUAAAAAUGUUUAUUUAAAAGACAGCAAUAAGUCUGGUCAUGACAGUAGAGGUCAACCUACGCGUCAUACGCUUCAGGUAUAUGAAUCAGUUUCAGAAACACAGAGAUCUAUCAUAGAAUCGCUUAAAAAUGUUUAUUUAAAAGAAAGCAAUAAGGCUGAAAGAAGAGGUCAACCUUCGCGUCAUACACUUGAGGUAUAUGAAACAGUUUCAGAAACACAGAAAUCUUUAAUAGAAACACUGAAAAAUGUUUAUUUAAAAGGCAGCACGAAGCAUGAAGCUGCAUGUUGUAAUGAAUUAUGUUCACCAUGUACAGCUACACCGGCAGGUUACGUUUUAGACCUAAAGGACAAGCCAGCUAAAAAUGCCGGACAAGUAUCAGAACAAAAUGCAUUUACGCAUGUACUUGACAAUAAAUGGAACACUAUAGAAUAUCCGAAUAAUCCGUAUGCAAAAAAAUAUUUUUGCCAGUGUAAAGACUGUCAAACUGAAGAAAACCCCAAACCACCUACGUUUGAUCAUCCCGGAUAUAUAGUAGAAGUAGAAAAACCUAAGAAGGUAAAAAAUAAAGAUAACAAUUUCAAAGACUGUUCUUGCGAUGACCAAUCGACCAAUUCAAAUAGAUCUCUACCACCACCGUCCGGAAAUUCUUCUGGUGUCGGUAAAAAUAAGCAUCAAUUAUACCAUGUCGAUGUGAGACAUAACAAUAUGAAAAGUAGUAACGAGUAUUUACAACGUAAGUCUGGAUCACAUGGGUAUAUAUACGAUGUUCCAAAAUACAACAAUAAUCAAACUUUAGACAAAAGCUGUGCGUGUGAAGUUCUAAAAGGUAAACACUUUUCAUCGCCUUAUAAACCAACGAAGAAUGCUCAAGACCUUUUAAAAGAUAUAGUUGAAAUUCAGGAAGAUGUAAUAUUGACUAACAAAUGUCAAAAAACGAGUAGUGGUUCAGCCAAACAAUCCAAAUUACCUGGUUAUGUUAUAGAUUUAAACUCGCUAAACCAAACUGCACAGAAGACGAACUAUACAUCCAACAAUUUAGCAAAAACUUCUAAUCCUGCUGGUUAUAUAUUUGAUGUACCCAAAAAGAAAUGUGAGUGCAGUGAUACUGGAAUACACAACUUUGGAACACCAGCACAACCAAUAAAUAACACACAGGUUUUUAACAUUAAUAGAGUCGAAGCACAGACGGUUGCAUCAGACACUCAUAAAAACGUAGAAAAUAAAGUUAUUUGUGAAUGUGAUAAGUAUGAAUCACAUGACGAGGCGCCGAAAUCUGAACCAGCGAUCAAUAAUGUACCAGAGUUACCUAAAAAUGAAACUGAAAACAUUGAAAAGGGUUGUUCCUGUAAAGAAUCAGAACAUAAAUCAAAAGGAUCUGGAUGUAUAUACCAUGUACCAAAAGAUCCACAUGCACCAAUGUCUAAGCAGUGUUAUAAAUGUAGUCAGAAAAAAUCUGAAGCAAACGGAUAUGUGUAUGAGGUACCGAAAAAUACCCCAGACAAUACUGCACAAGAUGACUUAAAAAAGACACAACCUUUACCCAACAAAUGUCAAAAAGAUAGCUGUAGCUGUAAACAAUCAGAAUAUAAAUUAAAAGGGCCUGGUUUUAUUUACGAUGUACCAAAACAUGCACCCACGUCUCGGCAAGGUUGUAAAUGUAGUGAAUCCACGAAAAUAAAAUCUGAAGCACAUGGAUAUGUGUAUGAUAUACCAAAACAAGUGAAACCGAAAACAUGCCAGUGCAAAGAGUCAUCAGCAUAUAAACCUACUACAGUUGCGCAAGAUAUUUUAAAAAACAUAGUUGAUACGCAGGCAAGUGCAGUUGAAUCGUUAACAAAUAAAUGUCAGAAAACUAGCUGCAAUUGUAAAGAAUCUCAAUAUAAAUUAAAGGGGCCGGGCUUUAUAUACGAUGUACCAAAACAACCGUAUGGGCCAACGUCAUUUCAAGUUUGUAAGUGUAGUAAGUUGGCCAAAACCAAAUCUGAACCACAAGGGUAUGAGGUACCAAACUAUAAACCAACCAAAGUCGCGCAAGAAAUUUUCGACAACAUUAUUGGCACACAGGCAAGUGCGAUUGGACCGUUAACGAAUAAAUGCCAAAAAAUAUAUUGUAGUUGUAAAGAAUCGGAAUAUAAAUUAAAAGGACCUGGAUUCAUUUACGAUGUUACAAAAUGUCCACAUGAAGCAAUAUCAGCAAAAAAUAAACCUGAAUUAAAUAAAUAUGUCUUUGAAGUACAGAAACAUAUGAAACAAGCGUCGGGAGAUAAACAAAAAACAUGUCAGUGCAGAGAGUCAUCAAAAAAUAAAUUGGAUACCACACAAAUCCACAACUCAAGUAGUCAUUUAAACUCACCAAAACGUAAAUCAGAUGCACCUGGAUACAUAUAUGAGGUACCGAAGUAUCCUUCUAAAUCAGAGAAAACCCCUUGCGUGUGCCGUCAAAAAAGUCAUUCUGAUUCACGUGGAUAUAUUUAUGACGUUCGACACGUCACAAAUAUAUCACAAAAACCAAGAAAUGAAUCCGGCUCACAAACAAAUGCGACUGGAUCGUUGCCCAAUAAAUGUCAACAAGGUAGCGGUAGCUGUGGCUGUAAGGAGUCAGAAUAUAAAUUAAAAGGUCCUGGAUUUAUAUACGAUGUACCAAAACAUGCACCCACGUCUCGGCAAGGUUGUAAAUGUAGGGAAUCAGCGAAAAUAACACCUGAAACGCAUGGAUAUAUUUUUGAUGUACCAAAACCUGUGAAACUGAAAACAUGCCAGUGCAAGGAGUCAUCAGCGGGACAUAAUACUACAACGCAAGAACAAUCAAAUACCACACAAAUAUACAGCAUAAAUAGGCUAGAAACACAAUUCAUUGUAUCUGAUAUUCAUCACAAUUUUAACAAAAAAAGUUGUAACUGUAGCAAAUCUUCAAAAUCUAAAUCAGAAUUAUCUCAACAAAUAUUUGAGGUACCGAAGUAUACUUCUAAAUCAAAGAAAAAGAGUUGCCAGUGCGGUCCAACAUAUAAAAGAAAAUCCGAAUCACAUGGAUAUGUUUAUGAGGUAACGAAAUAUAAACCAACAAAAACUGCACAAGAAAUUUUCAAAAAUAUACUCGGAACACAAGCUCGUGCGAUCGGAUUGUUACCGAAUAAAUGCCGAAAAAAUAAUUGUAAGAAAUCUGAAUACAAAUUAAAAGGACCUGGAUUUGUUUACGACGUACCAAAAUAUCCACGUAAGCCAACAUCACGGAAAAGCUAUGAGAGCAGUGACUCAGCUAAAUUGAAAUCUGAAUCACAUGGAUAUAUUUAUGAGGUACCAAGAUAUAUGAAAGAACAAUCUGGCGAUGAUCAGAAAAGAUGCGCGUGCAGAGGUCCACCAAAAAUACAAUUUCGAUCAUCGGAAUAUAGUGAAUAUCAAAAGUAUAAUAUGACAUCGCGAGAACCGUGUAAUACCACACAAAUAUUCAGCAUUAAUAGACUAGAAACACAAUACGCAGCAUAUAACGCCAUUUGCAAUAUGAAUAAAAAACUUUGUACUUGUCAUGCCCCAGAAAAACAAAAACCUGAAUUAGCUGGAUACAUAUAUGACGUACCUAAGAAUGUAAAUUCUAAAUCAGAGAAGAGCAAUUGCGAGUGCAGCCCCACAGAAAAAAGGGAAUCUGAAUCACAUGGGUAUGUGUAUGAGGUACCGAAAUAUGAACCAAAUAAAAAUGGAACAAAUGCAUUUCGAAACCAAGACAGAACACAAGUAAGUUGCGAAUGUAAAACAGUAAUAGGAUCUGGAUUUGUACACGAUCUGCCAAGACAUCCUGAUGCACCAACGACACGAAAAAGUUGUGAAUGUACUAAUUCAGCGAAUCAGCGAAAUAAAUCUGAAUCUCACGGAUACAUCUAUGAAGUACCGAAGAAUUCUCGUAAUGAGUCUUCAGAUAAUAAAACUAAAUUAUCUACCAACAAAAAGACAUGUGAGUGCAAAGAACCUACCAAAAGUAAACCUGAAUCAUUUGGAUAUGAAUUCACAUACAUGAAAAGUAAGCUCUGUUCAGAAGAUGUAAUAAAAUUAAUAAAUAAACAAAAACAAACAAUUGAAUCACUGUCCAAUCAAUAUAAGAACAGCAGCAGUGAUGGUUUAACAUCAAAAGAUAAAUCUCUGUGCGGUUGUAAUAACUCAAGUAGAUAUAAAUCUAAUAGUAAUGCACAAGACUUAUUCAAAGAUAUACUCGAAAUACAGAAAAAUGCAAUUGAAACACUGACUAAUAAAUAUCACAAGAAAAACUGUGAUUGUAAUGUUUGUAAGAAAAAUGAAUUAGAGUCAUCUGGUUUUAUAUACGAGCUACCGAAAUUGGCUCAUGUAUCAACAGUACAAGAAAAUAAUUGCGAAUGCGCUGAAUCCUCAAAGCAAAUAUCAGAUUCACCUCGGUACGAAGUCGAUUUAACGAAAGAAAGCUGCGUGUGCAGUGCCGACAAUGAAUAUGAAGCCACUAAAAGUUCACAAAUUGUUGAAUCAAAAAGUAUUCCACCUGAAUCACAAAACAAUUGUAAACAGAUGUUGUGUACACAGACAGAAACAGCUAAACUUUCUAAUUUAAUACUCAAAGACAAUGUACCAUGUAACGACAAGAGAUCAUCAAAAGAUAAUUUAGAAUUAAAUAACUGUCCAUGUGUACCAUUAAACGCAAACAAUGCACCACCAACGGAAACGAACAAUGAUGCCGCGCAAUGCAAUACAGGAAAAGCAAUGCUAAGUGCAGAAGUGAUGGAUGUGCCAUACACAGAAUUUAACGCCUCAGUAGCAUGCGCAAAAUCAGACUCGUCUAACAAAUUGAAAAAAUUAACAAAAUACGAUAUAUUUAAAAGAAUCAAAGAAGCAUACAAAGCAUGCAGUUGCAAAGUUUGCGAAUGCAUUGCUGGAAAACCCGUCAAACCUGAUAUAUGUAAAUGUAAACCUUGUGAAUGCACUGACUGUUUAAGCUUUUUAGAAAGAAAUGACUUUAAUACGUCAUCGAGUGGAAGUAGUAAAUGUACAUGUGACGGGUGCAACAAAAGCCUAUGUCCAGUGGCGAUGAAUAAACUAGAAAUAUGUGACUGUUCUCCAUGCAACUGUGUAGAUUGCGCAAGAGGUUUUACAAAAUCUUGCGAUUGUGAACCAUGUCAAUGUGUAGUUUGUAAAGCUAGAACUAUUCCCCAACGUCAAACCUUGGUGGUCGCACCUGUUGGCAGGGAACAAAACGUACAGCGUAUAGCUUGCACUUGUUCACCAUGCGACUGCAUCGAAUGCGGCCAAGUUCAUCGUUUAACUUCAAGUGUGAUGCAUGAAAUGUCUACUGGAACCAACCGUCAUGCUUUGUGCAGAUGUGAAAUCUGCCUCGAUGACGCUUGCGAUCAAAGCGGAGUCGAUUCUUGUAAAUGUCAAAAACGUAACAAAGUUAUGAAUAAACCAGUCGAAAAAGAUACACACGAUUUUGAUAUCAGGGUCGCUACUAUAGUGCAGAAACCUAUGGCACAACAGAAUAACAGAAAAGGAAAGAGUCACGAUACCAUAGCCAUGUUUGCAGCAGUACCCAAUACGUAUCCUGAUUUGCAAAGCAGCAUUCAAGAAUGCACCUGCGAGGAGGGGUGUGAAUGUAUUUCUUGUGUCUACAAAGAACAUGCUAUUAAUUCAAUUAAAUCUUCACAACUAUUUACAUCCAUAGAAACGGGAGCAAAAUCAAGUAUUUCUGAAAAUAGAACAUUUUCAAGUUAUCAUUGUCAACUAUGUAAAACACAGAUGGACGAUAGGUCUAGUUUAAAUGUUCCAGUUCACAUGGCAGCGACGUCAAAAUGUAUGUCUGAGUGUUGUGAUUGUAUAGAUUGUGGAAAAAAUGAAUCAAGAUCACCGCAACGUUCACUUACCAUACCUUAUAAUCGUAUAGGUCACGAACAAUCAAUGUCUAAGAAUAAUGCGAAGGCUUCACAUGAGAUUAAUUUGCAAAAUAAUGAGAUUUCCGAUAGUGUUCUAUCUGGUUAUUCAUCAAUAGAAACAUCUUCAAAAAUAUCUUGUCACAAAGGUUAUGGCAUGAUUACACAAAAUUCUAGAAAUAAAAGCAAGUCCUGGGAAAGUUCUUGCAAUAGCUCAGGUCACGAUUAUCCAGAGUAUUUAAUACAAUUUCCAAAAUCUACCGUAGAACAUUGCCUAAAAGAUGUAAUGGAGUCAGAUAUGGAUAAAAAUGUUAAACUUGGCCAAUUCAAUACAAAUUCAAAUGUAACUGAAGAACAAACAGAGUUGAACUCAUUUGAUACUUCUUUAGCAAAAGAAAAUUAUUUUCUUGAAUGUGGUAUAACAGAUUCACAUAAUUCAGAAUAUAUUUGUAGAACUAAGAAUAACUGCGAUGUAUCCUGCCUUCCUGAUUCUCCGCAAUAUGCACUCCAUACAAAUGCCAAGGGCAGUAACACGCUCGACUCUAACCAACAUUUAGUUUUGCAAGUCAAUAAUCGUCAAUGCUCACAUAAACCCGAAACAAACGAAUGUCACGAAAGUAACGUUAAACAAACAAAAGACAUAAAUGAAUUGCAAGCCUCUUGUUAUAUUCUAGAUAGAAGAUCUUCUUGUAAUAACAAUGAUGAAAGUAUUUAUGUUGGAAACCGUACAAUUUUCAAUCCAAUGUCUAAUGAUAAUGAAUUUCAUGCUUCAGAUAAGGUUUUUGAUCAUAAUAUCGCCGAUGAUAACACCACCAACGUUUUACUUCCCAUACAUAAUGAACAAUAUUGCACUAGAAAGUAUUUAGAACAAUUACCACAAUCAUGCCUUGUCAGUGCUGCAAAUGGUUUAAGUUUCGAGGAUUACGAAAGAAUCCGAAAAACUCUCAAAGAAGCUAAAGAGUUUACCAGAGAGUUAAUAAAACUAUUAAAAAUGUACGAAAAAGCAAACAACGAUUUUGAUAGUGUAUCUGAAAAGCUGAAAAUAUCCCAUGCAUCUCUAUUAAGUGGUGACAUAAACGCAAUUCGUGGCGCCAGAAAAGAUGUCGUGGAAGACUGUAUUGUCAGCGAAGAAGAAUACAAUAAAAUGAACCACGAGCUUCAAGGAGGUCAUUUACAAGCUCCUCCUGUAAGGGAAAUAUUAAGUUCCUCGUCUAUUAUACAUAUGAAAAGAAACAUUUCGGAUUCAGUGUAUGGUGAUCAUGAUAAUGACAAUAUGUCUCAAAAAUCAAUCAUUAAAGAUAUUUCUAAUUUUCAGAAAAUGAAUGAAUCCAUAGCUCUAGAUCCGUCUCAUGAUUUUAAUUCUGUUUUAGAAACAAAUGAAUUAGUACAAAUCGAUACACAUUUAAACAAGGACGAGGUUUGUUGUGAAAGCGCAGUUAAUGUAAAAUUGAUUGAGGAACAUUUGGAGAUAAUCCAAAAUGUCCAGAACACAACAUGCAAGCCCCUAGAGAAGGAUUCAUUUCAUGCUUCAGAGGAAAACACUGCAGUCUGCACUGUAAAUAAUCGAGGAUUUAGAAAAAAAUAUCGAACACACAUUAGAAACUAUAAAAAAUAUACCAAACUUUUAAGAUACAUUCUUACAAUAUCGAGAAAAAUUUGUGACAUUAGUUCAAAUGCUAGUGAAUUGACGCCGGUAACAAAGUAUCAUGUCACUGUGGGAACAUCCUCAACUGUUGUCGCAGAGUCGAUUCAAAAAAUGAAUAAUGAACUAAGUACUUUAUUACCGAUCAAAGACUCUCAAGAACUACAUACUUUACGAAGACAAGGAAAUGGACUUAAUCAAAUUUUGAAAAAACUCGAGACCGUAUUCCGGAAUUUUGAAAAAGAUGCAGUGUCUUUAAAAACUAGCGUUCUUGGGAAGAGCUUGGAAGAAUAUAAAAUGGAAAUCGGUUCCAUAAGACAUGAACUCGAAGAAACAGAUACCUGUCCAAUUUUAAAGACAAAAUCUAGCUGGAACAUCGAACCUCGUAAGAAUAGUAAAGAUUUGUGUAUAAUUCCAUCGAUGGAGCUUGAUCUAAAGAAAAUGGUUCAUUCAAUACCACAACAGAAGGUUGUCUCCAAAAAACGAUUGAAUGUGCCCCAUCAUAAGAAUAAAGCUUUAGCUGACCUGCAAGAAGAAGUGAAGAAGCUAUUGGAAAUGCCAAGUUUGCAACCGCAGGAACCCAUUCAUUACACUACAGACUGUGUAAAAGAAAACCUUAUUAAGAAACAAAGGAAUAAAUUCAAUUCGGAAAUAGAAGAAGCUCCUAUGCCAGAGACAUCGUUGCCAUCAUUCUGCAGUAGUAACCAAUUCAAAAGUGUCGACAGAGAAGUUUAUUGCAGUUCUACGAACGUGGACAUAGCAAUGCAAAUCAGGGAUUUGCUCAACUUGGCGGUAGAGAUGAUGCCGCUAAAGAACCAAAGAGGUUUCGACAGUGUUGCAACUGCUACUCGGGUUCCUAGCGUGGGAAGUGAUACAGACAGUUGCGAAUUCCUAAAGGUGGGCUUCACUGCUUUGCGCAGAGUAUCAGACAAUACUGUGUUUGUCAAGUGGAACGUACCACGAGUUCUCGACAAGGUCAAAGGCUAUGAGCUAUUGGUGGACGGGCGCUCCGUAAAGACAAUACUCACUCCAACAAAGUCCAUGGCCGUGGUCUCAUGUUUGCCGCACACAGAAAAAGUGCUGCUGACGAUUCGUACCAUUACCUCUGACGUAUCGACUGGACGAUGUCCAGCCACUACCAUUAUUUACAAUCCUCGUGUUAAGUAACAAUAAAUUAAUUUAGCUAUCUUUUA